CUGAAGUGGACUCCAAACUGCUGAAGGGAAACCUAGGCGGGGAUUCAUUUUAUCCUUUAAAAGAGUUGCUAUAGCCACCUUUUCUUGUAGGACACUUUUGAAUAAAGUGCAGGUUUUGCAUUUCUAUUCGUCUUGCUUGGUUUCGGGAGCCUUGGAUGUUCCUCCAAGAUGCGCUGUGUGCCAAAAAGGCUCACGAGUGAUUGCGCGCAGUUUCCAGCGCGCCGGCUGGAGCAGAGCGGUGUUGUCGGAGCCGGAGCUGAUGGGAGCCGUUUUGUCUCCAACUUGGCGCUGUCGCUGUGGCAUUAACCUUUUUGGUCUGAUGAGACCCGUCAGUCGUGCAGCCCGAGAUGUCCUUCUGUCGGACUGAAGUGGACCAUGAAGUUAUGGGAUAGCCUGACCACUUGUUUGAUUCUGCUGAGUGCGGUGCGCGCCAGCUCGCUCCUCCGGAGAAGAGAGUCCUCUGGAGCCGCGGAGAGGCCUCUGGAGAGCCCGCCUGUGGAGACCCGCCUGUCCGCCAUCUCCCCGGACACUGACCCGGCAAACCCGGCACAGAGAGAAGACGCACAGGCGACAGGAGAAACAUACAUCAUGGAAGAUUCCCUCCCACACAACUUUGAAGAUGCAAUGGACUUCAUCAAAGUAACAGUUAGUAAAAUACAACGGUCCCCCUCAUCUUCUGUGUCUUCAUCUACCUCCUCUUACACUACCUCCUCUAUCAGAGAAAACUUGAGCAGCAGAACUCGACUGAAGAAGGAGGCAAAGGCAAAGCGUCCGAAUAACAAAGGAGGAAGAAGAGGAACUAGAGGGGAGGAGAAGGGCAGGAGGAAUAGAGGAGGAGGUCUCGGUGGACAAGGACAGGGCUGUGUGCUCAAGCAGAUCCACCUCAACGUGUCAGACCUGGGUCUGGGCUACCACUCUAGUGAGGAAAUAUUAUUCAGAUACUGCUCUGGACACUGCAGGAACUCCGAUAACAACUAUGACAAAAUCCUUUUUCACCUUGUUCGCAACAGAAAUCUUCCUCCAAAAGACACGCCCGUGCAGGCUUGCUGUCGGCCAAUAGCAUUUGAUGAUGACCUCUCGUUUCUGGAUGACAGCUUUGUUUAUCACACCCUGAGGAAGCACUCUGCCAGAAAAUGUGGCUGUGUGUAGUGAGUGAGAAUUUGUAUCCAGCUAUGUGUCAUUUGAAGUAUGAUGUUGAGUAUUUCUUCUUGAGAUUUUUCAUGGUAUGAGGAAACUUUCUGGCAAGAAGUCCUUGUGAAUUACUUGAAUCCACUAGUAAAGGGAUAAAUAAAGUACAGCAGGUGGCAUCACUCAGAUGUUUUCCCCAAAGCUUCCUAAUGAUUAUCUUCUUCUUCACCUCUUCUCCAGCACGAGAUCCAUGCCUUCCACAUCCACACCCUUUUGCAAUGUUUUCAUUAUGAUUUAAUCUGAUGUUUCCAUGGAUAUUCAUUUCAAAACACUUAACUCAGUUGGACUCAUCCAUAGCAGAAGAACCAGCUGACGCAUUGUGUCUAUUGUAUAGCCCCUAUAUUAUUGGAAAAAAGUUAUUUACACAUGAAAUGUAUUUAUGAAUUGUUGAUUUUAUUAACUUAUUGAUAUUUAUUUGCUUUUAUAAAAUAAUUAAAUGUUAUUUAUUGCUGUGAUGUGAUAUCUUAGAGUGCGCCAAAGGUUUCAGUCAAAUAGACUUAUUUUCUCUGAGAAGCAGAGGAAGAUUAUAUGGGAAUAUGAUCUUUUACACAUCUGGGUAUUAAACAGGCCUUAUACAGUUAUCAUCAAAAAGUUGGGUAAACAUUGAAUGUUUCUCACCAUGACACAUUUUGUUUCAGUGCUAGAAGUAUGUGUGAAGUUUUUAUUGCACCUUUCCCCAUGUUUGGAAAUAAGGUUUUGAAAGGAAAUUGUAAUUUGUCAAAAAUGUAGAAAUUAGAUCUUACUUGGCAUAUCAUCAUUUGCCAUGUGAAAGCAACAGGUAGCUUCCAUUAGGCUGGGUCCAGCGUGAGACGGAGAAGGCUGAAACUCUGACAGGUCAAAUGUUCUCCUUAGUCCUUUCAUAUGUUGCAUCUCUAUUGCAGUGAUGGACUUGGUAGGAUCCACUAACUUAGCGAAACUACUUCUCCAAAACUCCUUGGUGGUAGCACUGCCCCAUUUUUGUAGUUUUCCAGCCAUCUAUUUGCUGUUUGGAUGCACUGCAGUGGUGGCUAUGAAUUAAAUAGACAAUUAGUACUUAAAGGGGGCAUUUACACAGCUGAGCAAUGUAAUCUCCUGCCUACAGCAUAUCCAAUCAGCUCUGAGUCAAUAUCACCUUCAACCAUUGUUUUGUGGACUCCAGACGGAGUUAUUUUGGUCCUGUAUAAGUUUCUGCAAAGUUUUAUUGUGGGACUGUCUCUCGUAAUGAAGACAAGCACUAUGUUUGAGGUCCUAUAAAUCUACCUUGUAACCCUGGCGGUGGAAACCAGCCUACUGGGGUAAAAUAAAUGCCAGUACUGGUCAAAACUCUACAGGACAUCUUAUUAGAAAAUAUGUAAUUCAGGAAGCAUAUUAUGUCCUUUUCAAUAAAUGACACUUUUUCAGAAACAGGUUACUCCAAACGAUGUGACAGGAUUGUGUUAUGUCUGUGUUUUUGAGUUGAUAGUGAAUUCAAAACAACCAAAUAUAUUAUGUCACUCAUAGAAGAAGUUGUUCUUCAUAAUAUGUUCUCUUUACAUAUCUCAAAUGUUACCUGUUAGAUACCAAAGAUCUAACUC